AGGGCGAGAGAUGGGGAUCAAUAUUACCUCUGUCCAAACAUCUUCUCAUGGUGUAUGGCAAGGUGAUAACCCACUCCACUUCUCAUUCCCUCUCCUCAUUGUUCAAACUGUGCUCGUUCUAUGUGUCACUCGGUCCUUCGCUUUCCUUCUGAAGCCAAUACGCCAGCCAAAAGUCAUAGCAGAAAUACUGGGAGGAAUUCUGCUGGGACCUUCUGCACUUGGUCGCAACAAGGCAUAUCUCAAUGCCAUAUUCCCAUCUUGGAGCACUCCAACGCUUGAGACCAUUGCCAACAUAGGCCUCCUCUUCUUCCUCUUCCUCGUAGGCCUCGAGCUCGACCUAGCCUCAAUCCGCCGAAGCGGGCGGAAGGCACUGGCUAUCGCCGCUGCCGGCAUCUCUCUUCCAUUUGCCCUUGGCAUCGGCGUCGCCUAUGUGCUCCGCGAAGCCAUAUACCCAUCUGUAGCCUUUGGGGAGUUCAUCAUCUUCAUUGGAGUUGCACUCUCAAUUACCGCCUUCCCAGUCUUAGCUCGCAUCCUUGCGGAGCUAAAGCUCCUGACAACAAGGGUAGGCGAGACCACCAUGGCUGCAGCUGCAUUCAACGACGUCGCUGCAUGGAUCCUCCUCGCGCUCGCCGUCGCCCUCUCCGGCGGCCACAAGUCGCCGGUGGUGUCCGUGUGGAUCCUUCUCUCAGGGGUGACCUUUGUGGCACUCAUGAUGCUUGUCGUGAAGCCGUGCAUGGAAUGGAUAUCGAACAGGUCACCGAAGGACUCACCAGUGAGGGAGGCAUACAUCGGACUCGCUCUCGCCGGAGUCUUCGCUGCCGGAUUUUGCACAGACUUGAUCGGAAUUCACGCGAUUUUCGGUGCAUUCGUGUUCGGGCUGACGGUGCCCAAGGAAGGGGAACUUGCAAGGAUGCUGAUAGAGAGGAUAGAAGACUUUGUUGGAGGUCUGAUGCUACCUCUGUACUUUGCUUCUAGUGGGUUGAAGACUGAUGUGGCUACCAUUCAAGGAGGGAAGUCUUGGGCCUUGUUGGUGCUGGUGAUAACCACAGCCUGCAGUGGGAAGAUAGUUGGGACCUUUGCAGUUGCUGUCAUGAACAAGGUUCCUGUGAGGGAGGCCGUCACCAUGGGUUUCCUUAUGAACACCAAAGGGCUGGUAGAGCUCAUAGUAUUGAACAUUGGCAGAGAAAGAAAGGUUUUGAAUGAUGAAUGCUUUGCAAUCUUAGUUGUAAUGGCGAUCUUCACUACUUUCAUAACAACUCCAGUGGUGAUGGCACUCUACAGACCAGCCAGAAGGACCAUUCCCUACAAGCACAGGAAAAUUGAGCGCGACCAACCUAGCAAGGACGAGCAACUAAGGGUGCUAGCCUGCUUGUAUGGGUCUCAAAACAUACCCUCCAUCAUCACCCUCAUAGAGGCAACGAGGGGGGCUAGGCAAUCCCCUAUGAAGUUGUACACCAUGCACCUUGAGGAGCUCUCCGAGCGGCCUUCCUCCAUUAUGGCCGUUCUGCGAGCUCGAAGAAAUGGUGUCCCUUUCUGGAACCGGACAAAUAGCGAAACCGACCAGGUUGCCGUCGCAUUCGAAGCUUAUGAGCAAUUGAGCAAGGUCUCUGUGAGGCCCAUGAGGGCAAUCUCAUCGCUGCCCACUAUGCAUGAGGAUGUGUGUGGGGUUGCUAGAGCCAAGAGGGCAAGCUUGAUCAUCCUUCCAUUCCACAAGCAGCAUAGAGCUAACGGAGUUCUGGAGUCUCUUGGCCAUGACUGGAGAGCCGUGAACCAGAGAGUUCUUCAACAAGCCCCCUGCUCAGUAGCAAUCCUCGUCGACCGCGGCCUCGGCCUCGCCUCUCGGCUUACUCCCGAGAGCAACGACCACAAUGUAUGCAUGCUUUUCUUCGGAGGGCCCGACGACCGCGAGGCCUUGGCGCUCGCCGCGCGGAUGGCCGACCACCCCGGUCUCAAGCUCACCAUAAUUCGUGUCAUCUGGCGAAGACGACCCACCUCUGCAAUCGCUCAGCAAGAAGCAGAUUUGGACCAAGCAGUUCUCAGCGAGAUCAGAGGGCAGAGCGACACAUUGGUUUAUGAAGAGAGGGCGGUGGACAACGUCGUGGAGACCGUGGUCGCCAUUGGCAAGAGUGGGAACUACGGGCUAAUAGUGAUCGGCAAGCAUCAAGUUCCCGGGUUGCCCGUAACCAGCAGAUCAGGUGAUCGAGCUGCUGAUCACUGCGCAGAGUUGGGCGCCACUGGAGAAGUGCUAGCAGCAUCUAACAGUGGUAUCAGAGCUUCAGUAUUGGUUGUGCAACAAUAUAAAAAUGCUGCAGUUGCUACUGCUGGUGGAGAAGGACGGCCAGGCGAGUAACUUAAAAGUCCAUGAUCAAGCAUUUGAUCGAUCGGUUAAUGGAAGACAUCUUCUCAACUACUUUGAGGGCGUUGCCACAGAAACAACAGUGUAUGGCUUAUAUGAUUAAUUAUCUGUUGAUAACAGGA